AUGUCUUAUGUUUUGAAGGGCAGAGUAAUAUUCCAGCUCAAAAGAUUGACUGGUGCAGGAGAAUUAGGUAACCCUUACCAAAUCCUCGGGGUGCACAGGAGAGCUUCCCAGCAAGAAAUUAGGCGAGCCUACAAACAACUAGUGAAAGAAUGGCACCCUGAUAAAUCAAAUAGUCCAGAUGCUGAAGAGAGAUUUGUGGAGAUAAAAUUAGCUUAUGAGCUACUUUCUGACCCUGAUCGAAGAAAACGUUAUGAUGAUAAAGGCAUUACAGAAGAUGAUUUUUAUAAAAGACCAUCCCACCCUUCUUUCCAUGCUAACAACCCUUUUGAGGAUCUUUUUGCCCAUGGGGCACAUUUCAACUUUCAAGAAAAUGACAUUACAUUUUUCCAUAAACUGUCUAUAACAACAAGACAAUAUGACAAACUAUUAGUUCCAAAGAGUGAGAAAACACCACACUUGAUAUUUUUUUACACUGAUUGGUGUUUUCAAUGCAUUCAAACUGCUCCUUAUUGCCGUAAGUUGGUUGACUAUUUGGAGCCUUUAGGUAUAAACUUUGCUACCGUGCAUUCUGGCAGAGAACCAAAUUUAGGAAGAAGACUCAGUAUCCAUAUGUUACCCUGUUUAGUUUUACUGUUAGAUGGUGAUGUUUUUGUUUAUAAGGAGGCAAUCACUAGUGUACAAAAAAUAAUAGAGUUCAUUAGAAAUAAAAUGCCAUAUAAAAUGGUGGCUAGAAUCAAAACAGAUGAUAUUGAUAAUUUCCUGAAUGGUUGGGAAGAUAAUAGAGUAAGGGGCUUAAUUUUUGAACCACACACCAAUAUGAGAUUGAGAUAUCUAGUCAUUGCUUAUCAUUUUCGCCAUAGAGUUGCUUUUGGUUUUGUUGAUUCUCAAGAAAUUCGAGAUAGGUAUCAGGUACCCAAAGAUAUGGACACUGUUUUACUAUUUAAUGAGAAUACAUCUUAUCCUAUGGCUAGUAUUUCUAUGAAAGAUAUUCCAACAUCUACUCUACAGCAUGUAAUUUCUUCCAACCAAUACCUUUCUCUGCCAAGACUGUCAUCUCAGGUUGUACUAGAAUCCUUGUGUCCUAGUGAAUGGCACAAACCCAAGAAGAAGUUGUGUGUAGUUUUGGUAACUUCCGCCUCACGUGGACAUGAUCCCCAUAGACAUUCAUUCAGACUUUAUGCUCAACAAAGCCCAUUCAACAUUGAUAGAGUUCACUUCAAUUAUAUUUAUCAUGAUAGACAGUCACAGUUUCUCAACUCCUUGGUUCCAGAAGGAGAAAUAAUCCAACCACUACUAAAAAUUGUUGUUUUUUGGCGAAAAGACACAUCUCACUUGAAUUAUGAAUGGAUUGAUGGAAAGUGGGAUAUUGAAAAAAAGUUGAAUGACACUGCUUUGGCAUUAGAAAGGACUGUUGGUAGAUUAUUGAAACCCAGUGAAGCCCCAAUUCAUGAGGCAUAUGUAAAAGAUCUAUAUGAUGAACAUGCAACGGGAAUGAUAGGAAAAUUGAUGACCAGAAUAAUUCAGUAUGUGGAAACUACUUAUGAAAGUCUAGGCAAAGAACAAAUACUUGCAGUAGCAUCAGUAUUAGGAACAAUUGUUUUUAUCUUAGGAAUCGGAUAUUUGAUGGCUUAUUUGGUAGGAGAGCAUCGCGAAACAGAAGGCGAAAUCGGGCGACAACAACAACGACGCCACCGGCCCGAGCUACCAGCCGGAGCUGAAGCUGCACGAACUCCGCUCGGAGACCUACAACGCGCUGGUGCGGCUGCUGAAGCCCGGUUGUCGCACGAUCGUGCUCGUCCUGGACAUGCAGUCCAGGCAGCAGCUGAUACCGCCCUUCCAUCGCGCCGUGUGGCCUUACAGAAAGUGAGUAGUGAGAAAAAUGGGCGAGUGGAGAACAAAACGUUGAUGUUUUCCUACGUAUACAUUGAGAGAGGCCUUAAAUGGUACACGGAGCUCCUGAGGCUGUCUCUGCCAGAUGAAACUGAACUCAAUAUAAAUCCUCGCAAUUGUGUUGGGACUGUUCUGUCGUUGAAUGGACAUAGGAAGUAUUUCUGCGUAUUCCAUGCUAAACAUACCGAAAAUAGGAAAAGAAGAAAGGCUGCAAAAAGCGGUUCCGUGAACCCCAAAGAGCUGGACUGCGAAAGUGGCGCCUUCAUAGGCUUCAAUUCGGACAGCUCCGACUCCGACGGGGACGUCCUGCUCCAAGGCAGCCUCUUGGACGGCUUCUCCAACUGGCUGGACAGGCUCUUCGAGGGCACUACCCAGCGCUUCCACGUUAACUAUUGGCCCGAGUUUCCGAUCAAAUAAUGUCUAGUAUUGUGAUUUGCGAUAAUUGGUUUUCGGUUUGUCGUUUUUUCAGGCCGAGGAGGAUCUCGAUUUUCCAUUGGAGAAAAAAUGGUGAGUAGGUUCCGGGUGUGGGAUGGUCGAUAGGAAGGUUGUUGGAAGAUUUGCGAUGUGGGUUUUUGUUGUGUUUGGCAAAUUCACCGAUCGCUGGAGAUCACAUCAAGAAUGUAGAAAUUUUGUUGUUUUCUCUGAGGUUUUUGAUUUUGAAAAAUGCGUAUUUGAAUGAACCUUGCCACCUGAAGAUUGCUUUUCAGUUGAGAACGUUUAGCUAGUUCUUUAACUGAAACAACAAAUCGAAUGUUGGAAUUUUAUUUUAUUUAUUUAUUAAUUUUUCAUCGUCUAGGGAGUAGCUAAUAUUUAUUUUGUGUUAUAUCAUUAAAUUACUUGUUUUCAAGCAAUUUGAGUGUCGGAAAGCUGAUAUCUUAGCUUUAAGUUUGUGCCAGUGAUAUUUCAAAUCUCAACCACUUAGGUAAAAUAUAAUGCCAAAUAAGUGAAAGGUUUACCUGUUUUUAUCCCAAAUAUAUUUUGAGGCAUAUUUUUAUGAAUCUAUCUCAGUAGCCGCAUGCACAUAUAGGAUAAAAAAAUCCUGCCUUUCAUAUUGUAGUUCCAAUAUUUUAUAAAUUAAUAAUGCUUAGAUAUGGCUGAUAAUGGCAUGAGACCAACUGAUUCAGAAAUUAUUACUGAAUUUUACAAUGACAUGCAAAUUUUCGGCUUCAGCUUCCUGUUUUUGUGGAUAUUGGGAUUUUUAUUCUCGAAUUUAUGAAUCAUCACACUGUACGUGAGUAAUAACUCAAUUCAGUAUUUACUCCAUUCACCAAUAUACAGGGUGUCCCAGUACAGGCAUGUAGAAGAGUUGUGGGUGACCAAAAUAUCAACAAAAUAAAUUUUGGUUCAAAAUUGGGUGUUUGCCUCUAGCUACCUCUAGCUGGGUUAAUUUUGAGUGAAUUAGUUCCUGUAAACAUAGCAGCUAGAUCGAUUUCUAAGGGAGAUACAGGGUGUUGAAGAAGAAUAUGUUUUCAAGUUAUCUCCUAAAGAACUCAAUAUCUGCUAAAGGUAUUUAUUUAGUAAGAUUAGAAUGAACAUUCUAAUGAUAAUUCGAUCGACAUUUGAUGUACUUGAAGUUACCUUUCUGGCGCCUACCGACACUUGCACUUCAGACAUUUUUCUUAUUGUCAUAUAUGGAAGAAAACUUAGUUUCAAUAUAUCAGUUUUUAUGAAAAUGUCUGGAAAUGUUACUUCCACACUCUACAUAAGACUUGUACAAAAUUUUGGGUGAUAUAAUGUUUUCUUCAGAGGAAAUUGAAAGACGACUUGAUAAAAACAAAUGUUGAUACCUAUAUACUCUGUAAGUUGUCGCAUUAGAACUGAUAUAUGAGACAUCCUGUAUAAUCGAAACUGUUUUCUAGUCAAAAAAUAAACUUUGUGACAAAUAUAAAUUGAUAGAUAUGAUAGUUAUUUACUGAGAAAGUUAGUUAGGUAGGUAUUCACUUUCAUACUGGAAGAUUUUCAUCAAGUGGAAUGUUAGUUAGAUCAUCCUGUACAAAAAUUUGUUGAACUUUGUAAAUAUAGUUAGCAGUAUUUGUAAUGUCCCCAAUUUAGUAUGAAAUAAUUCUUGUGCUUUUUUGCCCACAUUUUUACCAAACUAGUAUUUAAAUCGUUAUUUAUUUGUGCCAUUUUGCUGAAAGUAUUUGUAAUAUAUGCAAUUUAUUUC